GUAAUUUCGGUUUUUUAGUGUGAAAUAAAACUCAAUUUUUUCUAUACAAAAAAUGAACUUUAAUCGGUCAAAUAUUUUCUAUCCUGUUCGAUGAGCUUUUUCCAUCUUUUUGGUAGCUUCAUGAUUCCGCGCUUAUAGAACUGCUGGUCCUUAUCAGCAAAAAACUCAACCAAGUGAGAUUUGAGAUCAUCGUUGUUGUUUUGCGGAUUGUAAUAUUGAUGUAUAUUGUCUUGUAUUUCUGAUAAUUCGUUUCCUAGCUUUGUCAAUUCUUCAGAAUGUUUUAUAACCUUUCUGUUUUUUAAGUGGGAUAUUUUAUUAUUAUUUAUUGUCCUAGUCUCGUUGACUGCAGGAAGGGUUAAAUUAAACUUCGGCGCGUAAAUUUGAAUUACUCGUGUCUCAAUGCGCUCUUGUGUUUGUAAGGUGACGCUACUUAUUGUAAAUGUACACGGUACGUGUGUCUGAAUUAGACUUAUUUUUGAGAUUUUAGUCACGUAAUCCGUUCGAUUUUUACAACGUGCCUCUAUUGUUUGUUCCUCGUGUGUUGCGACUAAUCACGCAUUGGUAUUUUCUAAAGCUAUUAUGAUAGGGUGGGUUUAGCUCGUUUUUAUCUAACACUAGGUAAGUGUGCUCUGCAGUUUCUUCUUUGCAAUUUAUAUAUGGACCGUGACUUCAGUCUGUGUCACGAUGUCGAAUCGAUCAAAUUUGAUAGGAAUUAUCGUCGAAGUCGACGCUUGGGCUGGACGUCGCCGAGUGACCAUUUUUUGGGCCCUCGAUCUGGAGGUGCGGCCAAUUACACCGAGGCUGGCGGUGUUGAGGUGACCCCGAAACCUCUCUAUCUUCGUUCCGAGUACUCCACCCGGUUCACCGUCGCAGUCCUCAGACUGAUGCAGGUUUAUUGUCAAUCUUUCAAAACAAUCCCACCGUUGCCACCAAUUUGUUGCGGGAUCGGAAACGAAGCAGUGGUGAAGGAGGUAUUUUAAUAAAACUUUUAUUUUGGAAAGGAGUCUUACUGACUUAAUCCUUUGUUAGCGUGUUACAAAAUGUAGUCUUAGAUAUAGAAACGUCUGGUUCGGUCGGCCGGUGGACUGGUUCUCUCUUCCUUCGGUGACGGCAGUCGAUUUAUAGACUCGUCGCCCAAGGAAUCUUGCAAAUUUAGCGGAAACAUCACGCCACUUGCGAUCUUCGUUCAUGCAGACCAUGCAUUCUUUGCCAAUUGCCUUUUUUGGACUCCCGCUGUGUGAUCAUUUUUGCACUCCGUGUUAAAAUUGACCAUAAACCAACAGUUGUAAAAAUUACACGGAAUUUAUUUCUAUAGUAACAUAAGAGUGUUAACUACCAAAUCUGAAAAGAAAAUAAUUAUAACAUUGACAGAACAAUAACGACACAAACAUAACGCUAUCUAUUAGCACAAACCGAAAUUACUUUCUUGCCAACCCAAUAUAUGUUGAGUAGGAAAUUACAACUAAGAUAUACGUUAUAUGUAAUAUUGUGUUUGCUGGGUUUCGAACAUUUUGUCCGCUUCCAAACUGUAGUUUCGAUAGAAACUGUUUUACUUCUAAAGCCCGUAUCAGGCUACGGAUUGGGAUUGAGUAUUGGAUUGAAAUUUAUUCAAUCAGAGCUAAGUUUACUAUAUUUGAGAUUAUUUUUUAAUUGGUCAUAUUUCGAUCCAAUUCCAAUCUACAGUCUA